UCUUCGGGGGGCGGCGUGGAGGCGGCGGCGGCGGGCUGGGACCCACGCGGCGCCGUGGCCCGCCUGGCCUGCAGCGUUCCCGGCUUGGCGGCGACGGCGGCGGCGGCUGCGGCGGCACGAUGCCCUUUGAUUUCAGGAGGUUUGACAUCUACAGGAAGGUACCCAAAGACCUCACGCAGCCAACGUACACCGGGGCCAUCAUUUCCAUCUGCUGCUGCCUCUUCAUCCUCUUCCUCUUCCUCUCGGAGCUUACCGGUUUCAUCACAACAGAAGUUGUGAACGAGCUGUACGUCGAUGACCCAGACAAGGACAGCGGGGGCAAAAUUGACGUCAGCCUGAACAUCAGUUUGCCCAAUCUGCACUGUGAAUUGGUCGGGCUCGACAUCCAGGAUGAGAUGGGCCGGCACGAGGUGGGCCACAUUGACAACUCCAUGAAGAUCCCUCUGAACAACGGGGCAGGCUGCCGCUUCGAGGGCCAGUUCAGCAUCAACAAGGUCCCCGGCAAUUUCCAUGUGUCCACACACAGUGCCACGGCCCAACCACAGAACCCGGACAUGACACAUGUCAUCCACAAGCUCUCCUUUGGGGACACACUGCAGGUCCAGAAUGUCCAUGGAGCCUUCAAUGCUUUGGGCGGGGCAGACAGGCUCACCUCUAACCCCCUGGCCUCCCACGACUACAUCCUGAAGAUCGUACCCACCGUGUACGAGGACAAGAGCGGCAAGCAGCAGUACUCCUACCAGUACACAGUGGCCAACAAGGAGUACGUCGCCUACAGCCACACGGGCCGAAUCAUCCCGGCCAUCUGGUUCCGCUACGACCUGAGCCCCAUCACAGUCAAGUACACAGAGAGACGGCAGCCACUGUACAGGUUCAUCACCACGAUCUGUGCCAUCAUUGGCGGGACCUUCACUGUCGCCGGCAUCCUGGACUCCUGCAUCUUCACGGCCUCAGAGGCCUGGAAGAAGAUCCAGCUGGGCAAGAUCCACUGACCGCCCAUGCUGUCUGCUGCCGGGCCCCGAGGACCAGCAGCCGGGGCCAACUCCUGGCCGAGGACCUGGCUGUGUCCCCGAAUUGGGGCUAAAGGGAAAGGGGUGGCUCCAAGUUCUGCAGCUACCUUUUUUCUUCGUGUUUGCUUUUAGGCAAAUGUCCCUGCCUGAAAAGUUGUGCCCCUUUUCCCUGGGGACUCCUAAGACAGGAGUCAGGCAUUGAAGAGAGAAGUCCCAGGGAGGUUGGGAACCCCUACCCCGCCACCUUCCUGCCCACCAACCCCAGUUCACUGCAGUCCUUCCCCCACAACCCCAUGGGGAAAAAGCCAGAAUCCCCACAGCUCCAUUGUCAGCCUGGCUUUGACAAUCGUACAGCCCCUCAAUCCUUGGAAUGAGAGUGUAGUUCCCCCUCACCGCCACCCCCCAAAACAUUCAUGGCUUGGUUUCUGCCUGGGCUCUCAGCUCUGGGACUACACUGCCCAGAGGGUCUCCCACUUGGCACUGCCUUCGGUGCCCUUGAGAUUUGGCCCUGUCGA